UCUGGAUUUUCUUCAUUCACUUCCUGUUAUUAUUUUUUAUAAUAUUUCUUGGAAAGACCCCUAACUGGCAUAAGAAGCUAAGGUAACACCAACAGCUUGCAGAUAGCUCUUGAAUUAUAAAUAUGGCCAUGCUAGCUUUUGAAUCGCUUUGAACCAACAUACCGACGCAAAACAGGUUCAAGCAUGUCAGGUAAAAGAAUAAUGUAAUGGUCCACAUCAUGCUAAGGAAAUAGAUGUGAUCCUUGGCUGCCAUGGAUCAUCCACGGAACAGAUUAGCACCCCUUAGGAAUGACUCAAAAUUACGAAGAGAAACAUUUCAAAAUGGAUGGCCUCCUGAAAAAAAUUUCUUGUCUAUUGAUGAACUUGUGAACCAAGGAUUUUAUUUUCUUGGUCCGGGAAAUGGUGAUCGUGUACAAUGUGUAUAUUGUGCGGGAAUAUUGAGCAACUGGGAGCAGAAUGAUAACAUUUUAGCAGAACAUAAAAGAAACUUUCCACAGUGUCCUAUGAUGAAAUCUCCAUACAAAAUGGCAGCAUAUAGAGACUUAUCUACAAGAAAAGCAAGUUUUACUGGGUGGCCACCACAAAUGAGGCAAAAGCCUGAUGAUUUAGCAGAAGCAGGGUUGUUUUAUGCAGGUCAAGGGGACAAGGCAAAAUGUUUUUGGUGUGGAGGGAUGCUGUCUGAGUGGGAAGCAAAUGACAUUCCAAUUGUAGAACAUGCGAAAAGUUUUCCACAGUGUCAGUGGUUAGUGGCAUCAAAAGGAAAAGAAUUUGUAGAAAGAAUUCAACAGCAUGUACAGCAAGGAACUCCUGUGCAAAAUGUUUCAACGGACCAAACAGUGGCAUCAGCCUCGUCGUUAGCUUAUGCAGCUAGUCCUGUAUCAUCGGCGCAACUAGAAGCAGUCCUAAUGGGAUUCGACCAACUUACAGUGAGCGAGGCCAUGAAAACGUUAGGAAAUCCAGCAGAAAUAAAUUUAGACUCACUUGUUCAAGCAAUAUUAGAAGUCCAGUCUUCGCAGGCUAGUGGAAAUACAGACAUGGUCAACAAUUUAGAUGUUGGAGCAUUGACCCUUCAGAAUAGAGAAAUGAGAGAUAAGACAAUCUGCAAAAUAUGUGGUCAGCGUCAAGUAAAUCUAGUUUUCUUGCCAUGUGGACAUCUUGUCUGUUGCAUAGAAUGUGGUGCGGAAAUAACGCAUUGCCUUAUUUGUAAUGUUCAAGUUUAUAAAAAGGUUUCUGUCUUUAUGUAAUGACUUGCAUUCAUAUUUUAUGGACUUUUUUUAAUGGUGUUACGAUCUAUAUUCUACGUGAAGUAAGAAUUGUAUUAAUGAAUAAUUUUGUUUUAACUUCCUGAUACAAUUGCAAAAUCUUCUGUUUGUGCUAAGGGAGCUACCAAUUGAUUUUUAUGCGAAAUUUAUGUAAAAAAAAGUCAGGAUAAACUAAAAAAAAAAGCAGGACCGGAUAGAGUGAAAAAUAAAAAUGCAGGACAGAGUUUACAACUAAAAAAAAUGCAGGACAUAUUUUUUCAUCCUAGCCCCCCCGUUAAAAUCAAAUGGUAGCUCCCUAAUCUGUUACGUCUAUGUUACUUAUAUAAAAAGUAUCAGAAUAUAUAUAUAAUUUUAUGUAUGUAAGGAUUAACAUGAUAUUUUGCUCUCAUCAGUUACAUCAUUUAAAGCAUUCACGUGAAAUAUUUUAACAUUUAAUACUGCCUUCAAUUACAAUAUGAUAUUAAAGGUUCAAUGGCAAAUUUUACACUUAUAUUUUACUUU